AUGUUGAAUUCAAUAGUUCUGGAAACUUAUUUCAUUCUUGUUAAUUAUUUUUCCGUUUCAAAGCUUCCUGCUUUAGACUUACAUGACAUAACUUGGAAAAAGCGAGAGCUUCAGAUAUUAUCGCAGCAUGGCGGAAUGCGCCAGAACGCAUUGCCAAGCGCCGCUGAUGCGGCUGAUUUGCACGUAAAUGCAACUUCUAACAGCUUUCGAAAAACUGAAAUUCUCAAGAAUGCCAUUCAAGAAACAACAAUGGCAGGCGAGGGAGAAAAGAAGCCUCGCGCAGUGGUACUGAGUGGUUUCAUGCGCUCUGGUUCAUCCUUUGUCGGCGAGGCCUUCAACGUGCACCCGGAGGUGUUCUACAUGUUCGAGCCACUCCACCCCUUUUAUAACACUGCCAGGGUUCACACUAACGCCUAA